AUGUCCAAAAGACGAAAGCUCACCGGCGACAUGUCAGUCUCUAGUGGACUUGCUGCGCAGGCUAGGACACAGGAAAUACUCGAUGCAGCCAGCGAACAUAAUAAUACUAAGCUGGAAAGACUUCUCAAUGAGUACAAGUUCAAGGACGUCGACGCUGUUGAUGUUCAGAAUGAUCAUGGAACGAGUCCACUACAUGCUGCCAUACUUUCAUGUGCCAAGGAAGGCGACAAAGCUUGCGACACUGUUAGACUACUGCUUGAAAGUGGUGCUAUCUGGAACCAACUUGAUACCAACGAUGAGACUCCUGGAUGCAUUGCUUACAGACUGGAACUACUGGAUUUGUAUGACCUUAUGGUCGACGCUGGUGUUCGCGCCGAAGUGCUAUUGAAUCGAUUAGAAGGUUACGAAGCAUUGGCGGAUGAUGAAAACGACGUUGCCGAAGAAGAUGAUGGUGCGGAUGUAGUUGAAAAGAACGGAACCGAAGAGGCAGAGGAUGAAGCACCUCAAAUCAUCAACACAACUGCUGAGACAGCAAACGGCAUAAUCGAGCAGGCGAAGUCCGAUGUAAACAGCGGAGAUUAUCUUGCCUCAAAUCUGACGCUCACUCGAGACAAACUGCUAGAUGGAGACCAAAACGGUGUUAUGAUGGCUUGGGAAUCAGAAAUAAUGAAAAGAUCGGUCGACCUUCUUCUAACUAAGCCUGGCAUGAAGGUGCUGAAUAUUGGGGCAGGCAUGAUGAUAUUUGACACAUUCGUACAGAACCAUGUUCACAAGCCCGAGAUACACCAUAUCAUCGAGGCACAUCCUGACAUCUUGAGCAACAUGGAGAACGAGGGCUGGAAUGAAAAGACGGGAGUGACUAUACACCCAGAGCGUUGGCAGGAGAUAUUGCCCCAACUAGUCGCUGACAACCAAACCUUUGACGCUAUAUACUAUGACACCUUUGCAGAGUCGUACUCAGAUUUUCGAGAAUUCUUCACUGAGUAUGUGAUUGGAUUGCUAGAACCAGAAGGUAAAUGGUCCUUUUUCAAUGGAAUGGGGGCAGACAGGCAGAUCAGCUACGAUGUCUAUCAGAAAGUGACAGAAAUCGACCUGCUUGAAGCUGGCUUUGACGUUGAAUGGCAAGAGGUUGAUAUCCCGGAACUUGAGGCAGAAUGGGAGGGCGUGAAGAGGAAGUACUGGAACGUCAAGAAAUACCGUCUCCCACUUUGCAAGUUCAUGGGUUGA